CAAUAAGGCAAAAUUGACCAAAGACACAGCUCCUCUGUGUUUUGUUUGUUUGGCAGAAGCGCAAAGACAGCAGGCAAAGACAGACAGCAGCACCCACCCUCGCUUGCUGAAUGCUGCUGCACCACCACACCUUGCUCGCUUUGCCUGCUUGCUUGGCUUGACCUCCACCUUGGGGCGCGCGUGCACGCCACCAUGGCGAUGCUCACGCUGGGAGAAGCCCUGGGCAUCGACCGCACGCUGCUGCUGCACCUCGUCGAGAAAUGCGUGUCGUUUGUGUUGUUGCUGCUGCUGUUCUUCUCGUUUGUGGCGCUGCAAAUCGGCGUGCUGGUCGCCAUCAAGCUGGGCAUUCUCGUCACCGUCACAGCCAUCGGGGUGGCGGCUGGGUUUGUGUAUCAGUCGGCGCAGCGGUUCCGCCAUGUGUUUGACAUGUUGCUGCCGCAACGCGAGGUGCAUGCUGGCAAGGUACACGAGACGAUGCAACAGGAGCGGGAGCGCGUGGCCAUCGACACGCGCAUCUCGGGCUCACCGGUCAUCGACGCUGAGCUGCACCAGGUGAUUGACCUGCUGAUGCGGGACUAUGUUGCGACGUGGUACAACUCAAUCUCCUCCGACCCAACGGCGAUCCAGCAGACAAAGCGCCUCCUCUGCCAGUUCAUCGCAGACGUCGGCAUCAGGUGCAAGUGCAUUGACUGGCACGAUCUGAUGACGAAGACGCUCGUGGAUGUGUUUGUGAAGCACGUGAAACUGUAUCGCCGCGCUGCGGAGCUGCUGGAGACAGACGUCAGGCAGCAGCAGCGCUCCCUGCUGAAUAUGGAUGCCGCCACGCGCACGAAGAUGCUGGAGGACAAGUUCUUCCAGAUUGAAAAGGACUUUGCAAAGAUUUGCAGCGACCAAGUCCGGGAAACAGAUUACUUGCGCGAUGUUUCUGAGGCGCUGCUGUACGCAUUCCUCAAACCAGAGGACUUUGACAACAAGCUGCUCAGAUUCGCCGUUCGCGAGAUUAUUGCGACGUGCACUCUGCAGCCCGUGAUGAACAUGAUGAGCGACCCAGAUUACAUCAACCAGUUCCCUGCUUGCCUCAUUGACGAUUCCAUGCUCACAUACAACUCAAUCCUCGAUGUCAUCAAGACGUCAAUGCACCUCGAUGACCUGUCGACGAUCCUGGCGAACAUCAACCAGAGCAUCGCCGCCAAGGCCGAGGCGGAAUCACAGGCGUCGCGCUCCCGCAAGUACAAGACCGUCAUGGAGAGCCUCCUCUUCGCCAGGACGGAGUGUCAAAAUCGCAUCGCCGUCAUCACGGGCAAACCCAUCGAGAAGCCACCGGUUGAGUCUGACACGCCGACCGUCGCUCUCUCCUCCAAGUUUGUGCGUGAGGAUCCAAUUGCCGUCAAGUACCUCGAGGAAUUCGCAGUCAACACAGGUCAAGAUCACGUGCUCGCGUGCUGGCUGGACAUUUUCGCCUUUGAUCAAAACACGGAACUCAAACGCCAGCAGGCAAAGGCGCAACCGGAGGCACAGCAACGCAAUUUCCAGUACAAGAUCAUCAACACGAUCCAGCGAGAAGCAAAGGAAAUCUUCUUCCAGUACAUCAGCGACACGUCGCCGCGGCGUAUCGAUCUCGGAGCGCGACAGCUGGAGAUGAUGGCGGAGGUGCACGAGAACAUCGCCCGCCACCCGACACACGACAUCUUCGCUUCCGUCAGGCGGGAGCUUGAGCGGCAACUGGAUGCAAUCCACGACGACUUUCUCAAGAGCGACCCGUACUAUCGCUGCAUCAUGUCGCUGAAGCUCGAUCACGGAGCAGAGUACCUCGACUCUCUGCCCAAGCACGAUCCAACCAGGCCCCCAGCCCGGGUGGUGUCACCGCCACCGCCAGCGCGCGCCAAGCCGUCAACACAUCAUCUCUUCCACGACAGCGAUGUUGACAGCGACGACAGCCACUCGCACACACCGUCACCACUCGGCAGCGAGCGUGGCAGCGGCACCCACGCGCCCGUGACAACAACCUCACCCCAGCACCACCCUGGUGAUGAUCGCGAUGGUGGUGGGGGAUUGCGUCCUCGCUCCACCUCCAUCCGCCCGCGUCAGCGCCACGUGUCGGCGGGAUCGGGCGGUCGUUCGCGCGCAAGCACUGUCGGUAGUGGUGGCGACACAGACAUGGCAUUCAACGACGAUGACGAAUAUGAUGACGAUGACGAUGUUGAUCCAGAUACGAUGAGCAUUGCAUCCAGCGAUGUGGCGGCAGGCAGCAGCACGAGCACGAGCACAAGCAUGAGUGGGAGCGUGAGUGGGAAUGGGAAUGGGAGUGAGAGCGUGAGUCGCCAGGGCAGCGGCGGUGCGGCGCCAACCGGAGACGAAUAUGACGGGUGGUGGGCUGCUGAGCUCGUCGAGCGAGAAUCGCUGCGCGUGAAGAAGAAGAUGGUGGUCUUCUAUCGCCUCAAGGUGACGUUCAUCAGCGCCAAGAGCGGCGCCACGCGGGAGUGGUACUGCCUCCGCAGAUACAGCGACUUUCACAACUUCCACACAGAGUUGAAAAAGCGGUUUGGGCACUUGAUCGAAGUGCCGCUGACGCUCCCGCGCAAAACAUAUCUCAAGAGCCAAUCGGAGGAGUUCCUGAACGCGCGCACAAACGAUCUGAAGACGUGGCUGAAGAUGGUCAUGUCGCACUCCGUGCUGGAGAAACCGGGCGUGAAGAAGUUUGUUGCCAAGUUUCUGAACGAGGACAAGUACGUGCGCUCGAAUCAGUCCCUCACAUCAAAGGUCUUCCGCCGUGGCCACAAGCCGUCGGAGGACGAUGACGACGAUGCAGAGGCGAAGGAGACAGCAGCGGCCAUGAAGAACUUUGAGGUGAAUGCGAGCGUGCCCUUCCGCAUGCUCCUCGCCCUCCUCGACGUCGUCUUUGAACUCCACUCAAACCCGUCGCACAAAACCCUGUCUCCCGACACGCGACUUAUCGCGAAGCGCGCACGACGCUGUUAG